AUGCCAGAAGAUAAGGAGCAAAUUAGGAAACGAGCUAGUUACAAGGGACAAAUAACAGCUUUUUCAAAUUAUUUAAAUUCACUGAAGGUAUCUUCAUUGGCUGCUACUGAGGUAAAUGAGUUGCAAUUACGUAUUAGUAGGAUUGAGUCAAUGUAUGAACGAUAUGAUGAGGUACAAUUAUCCAUCGAGUGUAAUACUGAUAAUAUAGACGCCCAGAUAUCAGAACGAACUGAUUUUGAAUCCCUGUAUUUUAAAUCGCUUUCUCUUGCAAAAAGAAUCUUAGCAGAUUGCAUUAAGUCAGAUGACGUAAGCAGUGACGGUGGCUCUCAUUCCGGCAAUCAUAAAUUUGUUAAACUGCCCACUAUUCAACUACCUAAAUUUAAUGGUUCUUAUGAUAAUUGGUUAGAGUUUCAUGACACGUUCAUGAGCCUCAUACAUUCAAAUGACAAGAUAGAUGACAUAAAUAAGUUUCACUAUCUGAGAGCGUCGUUGGAAGGGCCCGCUGCUGUGGUAAUACAGUCAAUCGAAUUCUCGGCAGCUAAUUACACCGUCGCAUGGACUAUAUUAUGUGAUAGAUAUGAUAAUAAAAGACUACUAAUUCAAAAUCACGUGACAGCCUUAUUUAAUAUAGCACCAAUUAAUAAAGAAUUGUCUGUCAACUUAAAACGUCUUAUUGACCAAAUAAAUAAAAAUUUACGUGCACUAGAAUCUCUCGGUGAGCCAACUAAACAAUGGGACACACUUCUCAUUCAUAUUAUUACUCAAAAAUUAGAUGCUAAGACAUAUCGUGAAUGGGAAGAGUCUAAAGGUCGUUUGGAGAAAGAUACACCUAUUACGUUCGAUAUAUUUUUGAUGUUUUUAAAAAAUUGA